AUGCACUUUAUGAUUCAGAAUAUUGAGAAGGCAGCUCUGCUCUCUGAGCAUGUCAAUCUGCUUAUCACUGAGGUGAAACCUGAGACAGCAGACCAGGAAAUGCAGGAUUUUGAGAUGCAGGUUAAUCUGGCUAAGAGGAAGCAGUGGAAACCCUUCUCUGAGAAGGCAGUGAAGAGAGAUUUUAAGAUAAUUAUCACCUCAGAUGAGAAGAAGGAGAAGGAGAAGAAGAAUAAGAAGUGA